GGGUGCGCAACGUGAACGCGAUCGACAGGGAGGUUUAAGGACGGGGCAUUUAACCAACUGCACUUCUCUGUGCUUGUCAGCUUCAAGUGAUAUGCUGCUUCUGGAGAAACAACGGACUAGGAUUUAAGUUUGACAAAUACGCCAGUCAGUGAACCUGGGUUGGAAUUCUCUACCGCUUCGUGGUCUAUAUUCACUGACGUUUUUUGUGUCAGUGAGCUGGUGUUGUCAUUUGGUGGUUUAUGACUUUUUCUGCGCCUCACUUCCUGUCUGUGUGACUGCUCAGACAGGCACUGAAUUAACUGUGGGUAUUACGAAGGCACAUUUCAAGGUCCCAAGGUUUCACAGCCUAGCUCCAGGAGCAGAUCCCAACCCGCAGCAGGUGCCUCCGUUCAGCCAGGUUGUUCUGCAGUGGGUUGAAUCACGUUGGGACUGGUAGCCCACAGAGAUGGAGGACAGCUCCUCUUUAAGCAAAAUGAGCAGCUUGUCAGACUCUGUGUCCACUGUGAACAGCGAGGAGUUUGUGCUGGUGUCGCAACAGAGCGAGGAUUCUCCCUCCAGUGGGGAGAGAAAACCACGGCUGAAGAUAGCUUCCAAUGGGAAUGAGCAACUGGAGAAAGCUAUGGAAGAGAUACUAGAAGACCAAGGCGAGAAAAACGAUGAAGCGCAAACAGAGUCUCCCAGCCUGUCUGCCACAGAGCAACAGAACCCGUCUUUCAAUCUCGUGUUAGGGUCCUCACCCACAGAAGUCGUCCCUGCCAGCAAUUCUGAUUCAACUGCUGCUUCUGAAGAGGACAGUGUGUUGUUCAAUAAGCUCUGCUAUCUGGGGUGCAUGAUGGUUCGAGCACCGCGCAGUGAGUCGGAAGCUCUAAAAGCCAUGACUACUCUGAGGGCUCAGACUGCCAUCUCCUUUCCUGUAACUCUGUAUGUGCCCAACAUCCCAGAGGGAUCUGUCAGAAUAAAAGAUCAAGCGUCAGACACAGAGAUUGCCUCUUUCCCCAUCUAUAAAGUGUUGUUCUGUGUACGAGGACUUGAUGGCACCCCAGAAAGUGAUUGCUUUGCGUUUACUGAGAGCUAUCGGAGCAGUGAGGAUUUCCAAAUUCAUGUCUUCUCCUGUGAAAUCAAGGAAGCAGUCAGUCGUAUUCUGUACAGCUUUUCCACAGCUUUCCGACGCUCGUCUAAACCUGCCCCAGAUGUCAAAGAUACCUCCCUCCCCACCCUGGAGAGUGACGUCUUCACAUUUACUGUCUCAUUGGAGGUGAAAGAGGAUGAUGGAAAAGGAAACUUUAGCCCCGUCCCAAAGGACAGAGACAAAUUCUACUUUAAACUCAGACAGGGGGUUGAAAAGAAAGUGAUGAUUACUGUCCAGCAGUUAACUAACAAUGAGCUUGGGAUUGAGAGGUGUUUUGGAAUGCUGCUCAGUCCUGGUCAGAAAGUUCGAAAUGGUGACAUGCAUUUACUGGAUAUGGAGUCCAUGGGGAAGAGUUCUGAUGGGAAGGCAUAUGUUAUUACUGGAACUUGGAGUCCCAAUACGCCAGCUUUUCAGGUGCUUAAUGAAGAGACCCCAAAAGACAAGCAGGUGUACAUGACCGUGGCUGUGGACCUGGUGGUCACAGAAGUGCUGGAGCCAGUUCGCUUCCUAUUGGAGACGAUCGUUCGUGUUUACCCAGCUAAUGAGAGGUUCUGGUACUUCAGCAGGAAAACCUUCACUGAAACCUUCCACCUGAAACUCAAACAGUCUGAUGGAAAAAGCAGCCAGAGCUCAAAUGACAUGAUCUACGAGGUGUUGAGUCUGCAGAGACAAAGUGACCUUGACAAGAUCCCCAGGAGUCCCACAGGAGGGGGCCCACUGUCCCCAACCGAGGAGGAAGAGCCGGAGGAAGACAGCGACAGUGAGAUAUCGAGCGGCACUGGGGAUGUUUCCAAAGACUGCCCAGAGAAAAUCUUGGAGUGCUGGGGAGAAUUGCUUUGCAGAUGGCACAGCAGCCUGGGUGUACGUCCCAAGGGUUUGACUGCGCUGGUGAAGAACGGAGUCCCAGAGGCUCUUCGUGCUGAGGUAUGGCAACUGCUGGCAGGCUGCCAUGAUAACCAGGCCAUGUUGGAGAAUUACAGAGUCCUCAUCACAAAGGAUUCUGCCCAGGAGGGUGUAAUAACUCGUGAUAUCCAUCGUACAUUUCCUGCACAUGAUUACUUCAAAGGUACAGGCGGAGAUGGGCAAGACUCACUGUACAAAAUCUGUAAGGCCUAUUCUGUCUACGAUAGUGAAAUCGGAUAUUGUCAAGGUCAGUCGUUCCUGGCUGCGGUUCUCCUACUUCACAUGCCAGAGGAGCAAGCCUUCUGUGUGCUUGUGAAGAUCAUGUAUGAGUACGGUCUCAGGGAGCUGUACAGGAACAACUUUGAAGAUCUGCACUGCAAGUUCUACCAGCUGGAGAGACUCCUGCAGGAGCAGCUGCCUGACCUGUAUAACCACUUCAUGGGCCUGAACCUGGAAGCUCACAUGUACGCCUCCCAGUGGUUUCUCACCCUGUUCACAGCCAAGUUCCCUCUCUGCAUGGUCUUCCACAUCAUUGACCUCCUGCUGUGUGAGGGACUGUGCAUCAUCUUCAAUGUUGCUUUGGCUCUUCUGAAGACAUCAAAAGAGGACCUGCUCCAGGCAGAUUUCGAAGGGGCGCUGAAGUUCUUCCGUGUUCAGCUGCCGAAGCGUUACCGUGCCGAGGAGAAUGCCCGGAGACUGAUGGAGCAGGCCUGCAACAUCAAAGUGCCAACCAAGAAGCUGAAGAAAUAUGAGAAAGAAUACCAAGCCAUGCGGGAAAACCAGUUACAACAGGAAGACCCUAUCGACAGGUACAAGAGGGAGAACCGCCGGCUCCAGGAGGCAAGCAUGCGUCUGGAACAAGAGAACGACGACCUGGCGCAUGAGCUCGUCACGAGCAAGAUUGCCCUCCGCAACGACUUGGACCAGGCUGAGGACAAAGCUGAUGUGCUGAACAAGGAACUUCUCCUCACCAAGCAGAAGCUGGUGGACACAGAGGAUGAGAAGAGAAGGCAGGAAGAAGAGACAGCACAGCUCAAAGAAGUGUUUCGGAGGGAGUUGGAAAAGGCAGAUUUGGAGAUCAAGAAAACUACAGCGAUCAUCACUGAAUACAAACAGAUCUGUUCUCAACUGAGCACCAGGCUGGAGAAGCAACAGACUGCCAGUAAAGAGGAGCUGGACAUUGUGAAGAGUAAAGUGAUGGGGUGCGAGCGCUGCAGCGAGGUGUUCAGUAAAGAGGGGACACUUCAGCUGCCCGUAGUGAGCCGAGACAACCGGGACCAGGACAUGGACGAGGAGAAGGACUCUCUGAAGAAGCAGCUGAGAGAGAUGGAGCUGGACCUGGCUCAGACCAAACUGCAGCUCGUCGAAGCCAAGUGCAAGAUCCAGGAGCUUGAACACCAGAGAGGAGCCCUGAUGAAUGAGAUCCAAGCCGCCAAAAACUCCUGGUUUAAUAAAACGAUGAACUCUCUGAAAACUGCCACAGGGACCCAACCACCACCGCCACCACCCCCUCCACCCAAAGAGGGCAUGUAGCUAUGGGACAAUUCCAAACAAGAAGCGUUGAACUAGCUUCCCAGGCACCAUGUGAUGAUCUCAGUUCUUAUUGACACAAGGAAGACUUUCAAACACUGCAAUGCAGUAUCCCCUUUCUCAGGCAGAACUGAAUAUAUGCACACUGGCCUUUAGAUAAUUCUCUAUUCACUGUAUUCACAGGUUAGUAAAGCACAAAGUGAUGACAACCUGUGUAGUUUUCUGUAAAUGCCCAAAUCCUCUGAACGCUCCCUUAGUUCAUAGAAGAUGUGCUAGAAAAUCCCAUUUAAGUUCUUCUAGUUUGAUAAUCACUGGAUGAACAGUAAUUGUGCUGUUACGUUGUAACGAGAAUUUUGGAAACACUUAAAGAAGAUUUUGACUAGCAGCUUUGAAAAAAAUGUCCUCCUUUCAUUCUUUUUGAAUUUGGUGUUGAAUUUUGUUUUUAUUAUUUUUAAAUUCAGCUACUACUGAGUGUUAAUAGGAUAUAAUGACAAUUCAAAUGUUUCUAAAAACGGGAUAAUGGUAUCUAUAGUGCAGAAUAGAUAUGUUAGCAGUAAACGUAUAAACAAAUAGGAACACUAAAACUGCUGGGUUUACUUUAUCUUGGUUUCAAAUAUCAGGUGAAAGCUGGUGUGGAAAUUUAAAAUACUAAAAUAUACAAAUCCUGCUGCUCAAGCAGAACUGCCUUGCCCUCUUAACCCCCUCUAGACCAGAGUGUUCAUCCUGUUUAGGACAUAUAGGGUACCAUGCAUUUUGCAUAACAAGACUGCAUGUUUUACACUACGUUUUAAACUGGACACUUUGCUAUAGAACCAGAUGGCAGGAAGGACCCGAACACGAUGCUUUAGCUGAUGGGUUUGUUGUAAAAAGUCGAUAUAUGAACAGCUCUAAGAUGAGUGUUUGCCUAGGUAGCUUGCAUUGCAUCUCUGUGAAUGUCAUAGUUGGUUCACUAUGUGAUAGGGACUUCAACAGUGCCCCCUGUUGGCAGUAUUUGCCCUCUUUUUGUAGUGUGGGGAGUCAGCUUUGCAGAGACAGAAGGAGGUUACUAUCUUAACUAAGAAAGCGACAAGAGAUGGAAAGUAUACUGAAGUAUUGUUUAUACAUAGAGGCCAAGUCCUAGAUAGUAAUAAAUAUUCCUCUGCAGCAUUAGGCUUCUGAGGUGCAGCAUUUGAUGUGUUGGCAUUGAUGUAUACAGCAUGUUGUCUUUUGUGCAGUGAAGGGGAUACUGCAUCUGUGGUUUUGGUGUAGCGCCAUGUUUGGUGCGUACCUUAACAAAUUAUAUUUGUCAUUUUACAUUUAGAUUUUUUUUUUGUGGUUUUUUUUUUUUGCCUGCUUGUUUUUUAAUAUAUAUAUAUAUAAAAAUAUAGAUUUAAAAAUACAAUAUUGUUUAAGCAUAUGUAUAACUAAUUAUUAAUAAUGUGUAAUCUUGUACAGCUCUUGAAAAAGAGCUUUGUUAUUUUUUAAUAUCUGCAUUUGAAUGUCAUUCAUGAAGCCUUUUUCGAGCAAUAAAGCACACUAUAUAGAAAGUUGCCAAGAGGUCUGCUAAAAAAAACUAAAAAAAAACUUAACAGCAAAAAAACAAAACACAAAUAAAUAUUAUUGCACUCACAAUAUGUUUUAUGUUUUUAUAUAUUUAUGUGUUUAAAAUAAGUUAAAUUAAUACAACUCUCAUAAUGUGUUCUAAAGAAUCUGAUCCAUGUUCCUUAUUCCUAAUAACGAAAGAGAGGAAUGGAGGGUGGAUAAUUCCAGGCAAUUACUUGAACCCUGAUAUUUUUAGACAUGACAGAAAAGAUUUGCUUACUGUCUUGAGAUUCUGUGGCAGCCACUUAUUAGAGUUAACCAGUGUAAAUCUAGCUCAGAUCAAUCCACUGGGUAAGUCAAUGUUUUAGCCAUUUUGCAAGUCUGCUGGGCUCUUUUUAGAGUUUGUGAACUUAUCAGGCAUUGGCUUUCAAAUUGGUGUCCAGAACCGUUCUUUAACUGUUACCUGACUGUUGCUUUAACAUGGGGUUUAGAAAUCGCUUUGAAAAGAUGAAUGUUUACUCUAAGGAGCUGGAAUUAUCAGUACUGCACAUUAGCUAGUUCCUGUUAAUAAGCAGACUAAUCAGUUUUUUUGUUUGUUUUUUUCUUUUGAUUAAGUAAUUAAUUCUACCACCUUGCAUAGACUGUCUAGGUUUGAUUUUUAUCCUUCAAAAUAAUAUCGUAUUCAUUUUAUUUUGUAUUUGUUUUUUAGCAUUACUGGUAGAAGGUUUUUGUAUUGUUUUUUUAGCAUUACUGGUAGAAGGUUUUUGUAUUUGUUUGUUAGCAUUACUGGUAGAAGGUUUUUGUACUGUGAUGUGACAGUAUGUGUUGGGAGUAAAUUUAAAGUAGUAGUCUGCUGCAGAUGGUAAAGAGUUGGUUUCAGUGAAGCGUAAUGGCUGCAUCCUGUUAAAAGCCAAUGCUGAAUCAUAACAUGGUUACAUUGUAAUAAUAACAUUAAAAACAUCAUGGAUUGCCACUCUAGCCUCACAGCCAUUAUUCUAUGGUAGAUUCAUUUUUGUUUUAGAAUAUUAAAACUCUAAUUGCAGCUUGUACAAAAAAAGCGAUAAUAAAUGUGUGGGAAGGCAUUUUUGACACGUGCAUAACACUACAAACAUGUGCCUAAACUUUCAAUAAACCAAGCGCAACACUCAAUUUAAAUGUAGGUACACAAGACAUGAGUUUCAUACAUAUACUCACAUAAAAAUGGGCUUGUAGCUUCUAAAACUGAAACACCACACAAAUGUAUCAACUAUUACUUUAUUACUGGAUUUUGAUGCUGUUUGGCAAGGAUGUUUAUGCCAUAGAGAUAUAAGAUCUCCCCAAGUUACACGUCUCUAGAUCAAACGGGUUUAUGUGAGAGGUCACCAAAUAUUUGACCGAAAUGGCUCCCAGAUCAGACCAAUGACAGUAAAAAAUAAAGUAUUGCUAGAAAGCUGUCUUUGUGCUCUAUCCAAAUAUGCCAUUUUCUAUAUUUAACCUCAAACAGAAUUCUGACCUUUGACUUAUUGAGCUUUGACCUCACUUGGACUGUCAGCCCCAACAUGGAUGACCAAAAUCAAGGUUGGAUAAUGAAGUUCACACCAUUCUCUGUUUGUACCAAAAAUCUGCCUGGGAUCCUGAUGGGUCAGGAGGUAUUUAUUCAGUAUGUUGUGUCAUUGUAGCUUCAUGGCUGAUACUGUUGGUAGGGUGUUAUUUAGGUCCCAACACUUUUUUGUCAGGCAUAAUUGGUGAGGAACUUUUAUCAAUGACCAACACACACCAACGUUGGCUCCAUUGGCAAACCCCUUACACGUAGUUCAGUCAGCUGCUGUUCACUUGGUAGAAGUUAAUUCUCAAGUAUCCUCAAUGAAACUUCCUAUGGAGCAAGUCAUCUGGAAAGAAGUGAAUCAGCAGUUCAUAGCUAUGAAUUAUUGAAUUCUUGAGUCUGCAUCACAUUGAGUAUAUGCUCCAUUACAUAGGACUGUAAUUCCAUUUUAUACCAGGUUUCAAUCCCAAUAGUCAAGACAUGAUGCAGCAUCAGCACACUACACUGCUGGGAGGCACUAGAGGUGUCCUAUACAUGUUUGUACAGACUACCUGAACCCUCUACUCUCUCCCUCUCUAAAUUGUUUUUCCUUUCCAGUCAUUCCUAAUGAAGCUACAAUGACACAAUGUAAUGAGUGAAUACCUCCUGAUCCCAUCAAGGUCCCAGGCUGAUUUUUGAUACAACCUUAGAGGAUGGUGUGAACUUUAUUUUGGUCAUCCAUGUUGGGUGGCAUAUUUAGAUAGAGCACAAAGAGCUUUCCAGCAGCAGUUUACUUUUUACUGUCAUUAUGUCAUUGGUCUGAUCUGGGGACCAUUUCAGGUCAAAUAUUUGGUGACCUCUCACAUAAAAUAGGUUUGACCUAGAGACGUGACAUCUUGUAUCUCUAGGCACCAACAUUCCUGCCAAACAGCAUCAAAAUUGGUAGAGGUCAGGUCAGAAACCUUCCUGAAGGGAUUGAUUUGACAUGGACUGGCCUAUACAUCAAGAAGUUUCUUUUUUUCUUACUACAUAGAAAAUCUGCCAAAUGUUAAUCAAAAGAAGCCUUCUACUAAAGCAAAAUAAUAAUAUGCUUGUUAUUAAAAGUGCAAUUUAUUGAGCAUUGUUAUUGCAGUUUACCUUGUUAUUUUAUGCAUUGUUUUUAUGCUGUGAUAAACGCUACGUAAUAAUGUUAUUUUGCAUCUGUUUUGUAAGAUUAUGGCUGUUUUCAAGUGAGUCAGUGAAGUAACUGGACUUUGCUGCAUAAAGAUACAAAUGUUAUUUUCUGUAUUUGUCCUACUUGCAUUAAUAAACAUAAAUGUUUCUCUGUUUAA